UAAAUUGUCAUAUUUAUUUUUUUAUUGUUUUUGUAUCAUAUUAAUGUAUAUAUCUAAAACUAAUAUGUGUAGCGAAUACAAACAAAUGUCCUAUACCACUACAAAGUCCAUUAUUCCCUCGAGCCGUUUGUCUCUUUCAAUCUUUUCUCAGUACAUUAUCAUCCAUCGAUUCUCAAACAAAGUCUUCCUCUGGAUUCCUCCUCUUCACCUAAAAUUCACAGUUGACCAUCUUUGCAUCCAUCAUAUCAUUGCAUUUAUGUACAGUAAAUCCUUCACGCUAUUGGAAAUCUUGUUUACAAAAACUUAAAACGGGUUUUGAUUCUCACUCAACACUUUUGCAUUCCUCCUUUCUGUUAAUGGUAUAUCCGUCUGCUAAUAAUAAGGCUCGCAAUUCGCAAAUCCAUUGUUCCAUAAACUAUUUUUCUGUUGUGAAACAAUAUUGACAAGUGAAUUCCAAUACAUACAUCAUACAUACAUACAUACAUACAUAUAUAUAUAUAUAUAUAUUCUAUACGACUCAGCACUUUUUCGUCCCUGUCACACGGCAUAUCCAAUUCAUUUUCACAGCUGCCGACUGAAAAAUGAAAAAAGCUCAAAUAUCUUUUACUUUUGUAUAAAUAGCAUCAAUCUUGCCGAAAGGUAAGCCCAAUUGGAAUCAAGCAUUUGUCCUAUGAUUCAGCUUGUAGUAUUCACCUUCUUUAUGCCUUUUGCUUGGCCUAGUAGGUAGUAAGUCUUUUUUGUUUCGCCAUGGCUUCCGCGUAGAAUCUCAAGUUGUAGAUGGAAAUAAUCACUUUUGGAAUAAGAAUAUCAAAUUGGGAGAGUCUUUUAUAGUUUGGACCUCAAAUUAAAAGGGAGACUCCACUUGAUUUGAUUCCUUUUGAGGUAAGAAGGAUAAAAAAGGAUGUCAAAUGUCAAGCUUAUAUAUAGAGGGAGUUCCCUGGCAUAGAAGAUCGAGUAUCAGACUCAGUUUCACAUUGCAUUUCCGAUAUAGCAACGUCGAAGAGUAUGUCAAAUUUGAGUUUUAUCGAGUUCAAGUAUGGAGCACUUCCGAGGAAUUUGUCGAGGAAACCAACUAAUCAGUUGAGCUUCAGCAAGGAAAGACAAAAGUCGAACGUGUCAUCAAGGACAUAUCAGCCAAAUGAGGAAGAGAUGAAAUGGGUGUUCAACAAAUUUGACACCAACAAAGAUGGUAAGAUCUCGAAGGAGGAGUUCAAGUCAGCUUUGAAAGUAUUAGGCAAAGGAGUGGCAGAAACAGAAGUGGCAAAGUCAUUUAGUGCUAUUGACACUGAUGGGGAUGGCUUCAUCGACUACAAGGAGUUCAUUGAGAUGAUGCACAACAUGGGAGAAGGGAUCAAUGCCAAUGAUAUCCAAAGUGCAUUUCGGGUCUAUGAUUUGGAUGGAAAUGGGAAAAUAAGCGCAGAAGAAUUGAUGGAGGUGCUUAAGAAGAUGGGAGAGAGGUGUAGCUUGGAGGCUUGUCGCAAAAUGAUUCGAGGGGUGGAUGCUGAUGGUGAUGGUUUAAUUGACAUGAAUGAAUUUAUGACCAUGAUGACUCACACCAUGAAGCCAUCUCAGUGAUCUGGAGUUAUUCCCUUCAAAAUGGGAAACUAACUAGGAAACCCCCAAUAUUUUAAAGUUAAUUUCUUGGCAGGUGGAUCAAAAUCCUUGUUUUCCUAGCUACUUCAUCUUUUCUAGACUUCUAAUCACUAGAUAAGGGACAUGGUUAUUGGUUAGGCUGCUAACUUGCAGUCUCUAGGACCUUUGUUUUAUAGAGGAAUAAUAGACAUCCAUAACUCUCAUUAGAAAGCAAUAUGUAACUUUAAAAUUAUCAAUAAUUUCUUGGCAGCUCCCAAGAGGAUUUGCAGUUUUCAAAAUAAAAA